AAAAAUUGAAACCAAAGUAAGAAACAAGUAGAGAGGAGACUAGACUGGAGAGUAAACACACCAUAACACACUGACUGAAGCUAUCUUAGUUAUUGUUUCUUUGACUUGUCUGACCCUUCCCGUGAAUCUAAUUUCCUCCUCCUCCUCCUCCUCCUCCUCCUCCUCCUCCGCUCUCUCUUUCUCAUUCACUCCCCAACUGUUCCUUUCUCGUGCCCUAAUCCCCUAAACCACCCACCCACCCGCCCCUAAUUUAAUUCCAUCUCAACUCAAAAGCCAACACCCAACAUUGAAAACUUGUCUUCUAAUCUAUUUACACCACUGUUGCAGCUUCUCAUACUGAUAGGAGCUCAUUCAUGCUCAAAGUUAGCGAAUGCGCCUGCUAUAUUGAGAAUAUAAGUUGGAUAUAACUGAAAUGCAGCAGUAAUGGCAGGCUUUGGAUGCUUCAUUUUGAAGACAGUAGAGGGAUCAUAGUGGGGCCAGUUCAGUCUGCAAUACAGUAUGGUUGUAGUGAACUUCAGGGGAUAUAUUUCUGUGCUUCUCUAUCCCCACAAAGCUUACUCAGAAGUGGGCUAGUGUGAGGAUAUAACUACCUUGUGUAGUCGUUCAUUUGAUCCGUCAGAUAUGAGUACAUUAGGCACCAGGUGUGAGAUUGUUGAAGCAAGAGAAGAAGUAGAUUCCCAGUUGAAAAUGGAAAAGAAUGAUGGCAAACAAUGUGUGCCAGAUUCCGGAAAUAGGUUCUCAAUUGAGGAUGACAUUAACAAGCUUUUUCAGGCCAUUGAUGUUAGAAAUUCAGGCAGGGCUUCAGGCCCAUGGUGUGAAAGUAGCAGAGAUGCCUUGAGGAAGAGUGCUAUGAAGAAGCCAAUGAGAGCUAGUACAUCAAAAGUAUCAGGUAUAGGAAUUUCCGAACCUGUAAGUUUGAAGCAAGCGCUCAGAGGAUUAUGCAUCUCUCAGGCAUCAGAGAUGGCUGCCAUGAAGCGGCUAUCAAGGCCAGGUCGUUCAUCUGGGGUUUCAGAAGCAGGAACUAUUAAAAGGUUGUACAGGGCAGUGGUAGUCGAGGCAAAUGGAUCUGGCCUCCCAUUGAAUGAAGGUAAAGUAAAUUUUGUGGAGAUCUCUCUAGUACCAGAUGCAUCAAAUAGCUCUCAGCAGAUGCCUGGAUUCAUGCAGUCAGAGCCACAGGUUCAUGCAGACACAACUCCAGCUGAUGCGUUGAUGACAAAAUUAGAACCACCAAAACAAAUAUCUUCUUUGCCAACAGCAGUUCAGAGUAAGAGAUUAAAGGAAGAAGAUGCAGAACUACAAGAUCCUUCAUCAAGCAAAAAGGUCACGCAGCUGGAGGUUCCGAUCGCCACUCCAGAUUCCUACAAGAGCCAGCAUUCUGCUUCUUCUCAGUCUAGCUCCAACAGCAGUAGUAAGUUAAGGAAAUCUUCUGGCAGUGAUUCACAUCUAAUCAAGUCACUCCUCAGUAGCAAGAGCUUUGUUACAAACACAAAGAAGAGUUUGAGUUUGGGUUCUAGUAGUACCAAACUAGAGAACCAGAUAGUUGAUAAUGAUUUAGUUUCUACUGGUGGUAAAUUGGAGGGCCAGAUGUACAGUGGCACUCCAAAGCAUACAAGGGAUGCAACUGUGAAAAGUUUGCUGGUCUCCAGUAGUCAUAGUGUAGAAAGAAAAGUGAAACCGGAUUUCUGGUCAAAUUACAGUAACAGAAGCAAAUCCAUAGUAAUAAAUGCUGAUGAGAGAUCAAGAGAAAAGGGAGACUUCUCACAAAGCUCAAAAAGUAGCAUUGGUGAUUAUAGUAGCAGUACAAGCACUAGUGAGGAGAGCACUCUAAGCGGGUCUUGUCGAAGUGGCAAGAGGCCUCACAUGUCGAAAGACUUGAGAUGGGAAGCGAUCUAUCAUGCUCAGAAGCAGCAAGGAAUCUUAGGUUUGAGGCACUUUCAGUUGCUCAGGAAGCUUGGAUCUGGGGACAUUGGAACUGUGUAUCUUGCUGAGCUGACAGGGACAAACUGUGUAUUUGCAGUUAAAGUAAUGGAUAAUGAGUGCUUGGCUACCAAAAAGAAAUUGAUUAGGGCCCAAACAGAAAGAGAGAUUCUGGAAAUACUGGAUCAUCCCUUUCUCCCUACUCUCUAUGCUCACUUUGUGUCAGAGAAGCUCUCCUGUUUGGUUAUGGAGUAUUGUCCUGGUGGAGAUCUGCAUGUACUGCGACAAAAGCAACCCAGCAGAAACUUCUGCGAACAAGCAGCCAGGUUCUAUGUCUCUGAAGUCCUCCUUGCACUGGAGUAUUUACACAUGCACGGUGUUGUGUAUCGAGACUUGAAACCAGAAAAUAUUCUGGUCCGAGAUGAUGGCCAUAUAAUGCUCACAGAUUUUGAUCUGUCCCUUAGAUGUGCAGUCAGUCCAAUGCUACUCAAAUCAUUAUCUCCAGUUGUGGAGAGCAGAAAAAAGAUGCCAAGCCCAUGUAUUGAAUCAAGCUGCAUAGACCCUUUCUGCCUCCAACCAGCCUGGCAGGGCUCCUGCUUCACUCCUAGGAUGUUAUCUGGUGGUGCAAAAUCUCGGAAAAUAAAAUCUGAACUUGCUAACCAGGUCAAACCACUCCCACUGCUUGUAGUGGAGCCAACGGAUGCCCGAUCCAACUCCUUUGUUGGAACCCAUGAAUACCUUGCUCCAGAGAUCAUCAAAGGAGAGGGUCAUGGGAGUGCUGUUGAUUGGUGGACAUUUGGAAUCUUUCUGUUCGAGCUGCUAUAUGGUAAAACACCCUUCAAGGGAUCAGGAAAUGAGGAAACCCUAGCCAACAUUGUCUCGAAAAGUCUCAAGUUCCCAAACAACCCUAUAGUUAGCUUUCAUGCACGAGAUUUGAUCAGGGGCCUCUUAACAAAGGAGCCUGAGAAUCGUUUAGGAUCAUUAAAAGGGGCUGCAGAGAUCAAGCAGCAUUCUUUCUUUGAAGGCCUUAACUGGGCAUUGGUUCGGUGUGCAGUACCACCAGAGCUGCCCAAAUCGGGUGAUAGUGUAAUUGGUGCACCUCCUUCCUCACAAAUGCAGGAGAGCAGAAACUGCAAGGAGUCGGAGGGAGAGCACUUUGAGCUGUUUUAGUCCGAUUAUCACGUCAGAAAGGAAGUUGAUCUCCUCCUUCUGCUGUUCAAACUGAUAGUGUAACUUGUAAAGUAAAUGUAAGUUGUAGACUACGAUAUAUGAUAUUAAUACUGAUAAAUAUAGUAGCAGAAACAGGACUUCGGAGUAGCAUUUUCCUUUGUA